AUGAAAUUCUUUACCGCUGCUGCUUUCUUCGUUGGUGCUGCCGUUGCGCUUCCAGCCGCCUCCGAGUGCGGCGAGAUGGUCACCAUCACCGACUACUCCCUACGCUGGAACUUUAACGAGGUCGAGUCUGUUAGCUUUAAGCUCAGCGGCAACGACGCCACCGACCUCGAAUGCACAAGCCCCAGUGGGGCCAUUCAGGAAAUUCCCAGCCCUGUCUACUCCUGCGGUGAUAGCAAGUACAGUUUUGGUCUCCAGCCCGUACAAUCUGGCUUCGACACGAACAACCCCCAAUACAACCUCGCUGUUUACCACGAGACCGGACCUGCCGUCGGUCUGUACGCCCAGACUCAGGUUCCUACCUACUGCCGAGCCGGUGGCCUUAGCACUAGCGACCGCAUUUGCGAUCAGAUCCCAGCUACCUGGCCCUUUAACCUUAAUUGCUCCUAGACUAGUACUUCUAAAUAUUACUCUAACGAUCAAGUAAAGCGUUCAUAUUACUUGCAUAUUACGGCCUCUAUA